UUUGCAUAGCUUUGUCCCUUUUCUUUCUGCAACUCACUCAUUAAGCAUCUGUUUCUCUCUCUUUUUCUCUCUCUUCUCACAGUCUGUGUUCGCCACUUGGUUUCUUCUACACUGCAUUUCUCUCUGUGCAGGAACAAUGUCUGAGAAAAUCACAGCUGAAAACCUUUUAAACACCCUUGUGGAAACAAUUGCUGAGAAGCAAAAAUCUGGAUCAUUUUUUGAAGAAGACAAGUCAAGCUCAGUGAGCUCCCAAUUCAAUAGACUCUUUGGACGCCAGAAACCUGUGCACCAUAUUUUAGGGGGUGGAAAAUCUGCUGAUGUGUUGUUAUGGAGGAACAAGAAGAUUUCUGCUAGCGUUUUAUCUGCAGCAACAGCUAUAUGGGUGCUAUUUGAAUGGCUUAAUUACAAUUUCCUAACUCUUCUAUUCUUUGUUCUGGCUCUCGGCAUGCUUGGACAGUUUCUUUGGACAAACGCUUCUGGCUUGUUUAGCAGGAAGCCGACUAAAGUUCCCCGUUUUGUUCUCCCAGAUGAUUUCUUCGUGAAUAUUGCAACUGCAGUUGGUGCGGAGGUUAACCGUGGAUUGAGGUUUCUCCAAGAUGUUUCAUGUGGAGGAAACCUAAAACAAUUUCUAAUUGCUGUAUUAAGCUUAUGGGCUGGUGCUGUGAUUGGGAGCUGGUGCAAUUUUUUGACUGUCAUGUAUAUUGGUUUUGUUGCUGCACAUACGCUCCCAGUUUUCUAUGAAAGGUAUGAGGAUCAAGUUGAUAACUUUGUGUACAAGGUCUUUGAUCAGAUGCAAAAUCACUAUCAGAAGCUGGAUUCUGGUUUGCUUAGCAAAAUCCCUAAGGGAAAGGUGAAAGGAAAGAAGUAUGAAUAGGUUUUUCCUUAUGUAAAUGGUUUGAUUUUGAAUAUCCUUUCUCACUUGUGAUGGAAUUGGAAAAGACUGAAUAAUGUUAACUAGGGAACAGUUCUAUGUGGGGUGUCUUUAAAUUUUGUGUGCUUAAUAUUUGACCUGAGAUUAAGACUUCA